UAGGGUAGAGUCGAAAGUCCUAUUAGUAUAUUUUGCUUUUAAGUUAUAAUAUAUGUUUUAUUUUCAUUUGUUUUUUACGAAUAUUUUUUAUUGAAUCGACAAAAAACAUCUGAAAACAUUCCGUUUUUCAUACAAAACCAAUAAACGCAAAGAAUUUGACUCGAUAUAAAAUUGCCUACUAUUUUGCGUAAUAACCUGUUCUGUAUCCUAAUAAAUAAAGGAUAAUAAAGCAAAGGAAUGUCAUUUUCUUGAUAUUUAUUGUGUAUUUCGUUUUUGACCUGUGUAUUUUGUUUGAAGUGACUUGUGACCGAAGUCUUAUCUAAUUUAUGUUUGUGUAUUUAUUUGUGUUGUGUUGACUUGAUACCUGAUAAUCUGCAAAACUGGCUUCCAAAACAGGAAAAGGGUCCAAAGGGGGCCUUGCAGGAAUAGGGAUACUUUGGCUAUCGAGUAAAUCACAAAAACAAAAGAAAACCAGAAAUUUUAACGAUAACUACGAAAAAGAUAGACAUCCAAAGGCCUCGAAAAACCAAAGGUCAAUGAUGUCCAACCACUCUCCGAAUUCUCAUCGUGAAAUGUUCGAAUUGAAAGAAACAAAUACAACGCCUGCUUCAACGUCUAAAGAAUGCGAUCGAGGCGACAACCUCCUGAAAGGAUCUGCCAUUGUAGACGCCACUGAUAGUGUUCCAAUGAAUAGUGCCUAUUAUGCAAUGAACAACGCCAGUAAUAUUAAGUACAUUGAUGGUACCCUUCCUUGCAUUAAUGAUAAAGUUCCUUUGGCAGAAAAUGAGGACCUUCCCAACAGUUCAGGAACAUCUGUGGAACCAAAAGAUACCUCCAAACAAAGCGAUGAAACAAACAAACCUGACGAAGUGGAACCUGAAAAUGAAGAAGAUUUGUGCCUAAAGUGCGUAUAUGUGUCCGUAAAAUGUUGUGAAUGUACUAUUAUGUGAAAAGUAUUUCUAAAUAUUGUGAUAUUCAAGAAAUCAGUGCCUUCAAUGAUCAAAUUCAUCACAUAUGUGAUGGAGCAAAAUACAGAACAACAAGGUGCCAAAUUUACCUUAUCCUUAUAUGUUUGAAAUUAAUUUUAAAUUUGAACUUUCAAGUCAGUCAAAUAAUGUUUAAAUAAAAAAUUUCUUGGAAAUAUUAAUUUCCAACCUUCAAAUUUACAGUCAGUAUUAGUUGAAAAACAUAUUAUAAAUAACUUAGAAAAUUCCCAUAAAUCUUUUGACUUUGUUUUUGAAUUAAAUCAAAUUAAAUAUUAAAUUAUCUUGACUGAAAAAAUGAAAUCUCUUUUUAUUUGUGAUAUAUGUGAAUUUUUGUUCAGUUAAAUUAUCUUCUUCUGAUGAUUCACAAUUAAUUUUCAGUUAAUCGUUCAAUGAAAGUUUAAAUGUGGAUAAUUCCAUUUUGAUCAUUAGGUAAUUAUCAUGUGUUCCACUUUUAAUAAUCCAUUUUAGAUUUUAUACAUAUCAUUCAUUUAUGUAUUCAGUUUUCUAUAUAUUGAAAAGUGUUUUGUAUCAAAUUUUUCAUAGCAGCUCACUUUUUCUAUCAUACAAAUAUAUAUUUUUUAUAAAAUUUA